UGUAGGUGGCCGCACCUAGUAGGAGUCGUCACGUCAUUGAGGUGGUUCCCUAACAACAUCUCUAAGAUAUUUUAUUAAUCUAAUGCGACAUUCUGGGUGUAAUAUUCAGGCUACAAGGUACAAUGAGUCUCUCUGGGGGAAGAGAGGAGGAGGAGGGGGCGAUGGACUUUAAGAUUAGUCUCUCUGGGGGAAGAACGGAAGAAGAGGGGGCCACUACCUCUAAGAUGAGUUUCUCUGGGGAACGUGACACUGACAGUGUGGACCAUGGUGGAGAGUGCUGUUCAAAAUCCAAUCUUAGGAAAUAUGCCUCUGAUCUCACACUGGACCCAAACACAGCAUUCAGAGAGCUCUCUCUGUCUGAGCAGAACAGGAAGGUGACAAAGGUGAGAGACGAGCAGCCGUAUGCUGAUCACCCAGAGAGAUUUGRCUUCUGCAGACAGGUGCUGUGUAGAGAGGGUYUGACUGGGCGCUGUUACUGGGAGGUAGAGUGGAGUGGGGAAGGGGCUGAUAUAGCAGUGACAUAUAAAGGAAUCAACAGGAUAGGUGAUGGUAAUGACUGUGAUCUUGGAUUCAAUAUCAAGUCCUGGAGUGUGCACUGCUCUGAUGACGGUUACAAUGCCUGGCACAAUGACGAGAGAAUUGCCAUACCUGUCCCCUCCUCCUCCCACUCAAACAGAGUAGGAGUGUAUCUGGACUGGCCCGCUGGCACUCUGUCCUUCUACAGCGUCUCCUCUGACACACURAUCCGYGUGCACACAUUCCACUCCACAUUCACUGAGCCCCUCYACCCAGGGUUUGGGAUUUGGGCGACUGGCUCCUCAGUGACCCUGUGUCAGGUAGAAUAGCCUCCUGUUUCCUGGAGGAACAUCAGGGAAGUCACACUCCAGUUCAAACACCUGUAAGCAUGACAGAACACACACUUUCAGAAAAAAKKGUWUGGUUAGGGUACGACAUUGUUCCCUGGGGUACAAAUAUCAACAUACACCAUUAUGUACUUAUGUACACAUAGUAAUSUAGUACAAUGGUACAUUUUUGUACCCAAUAUUUUGAAUAUAAAAGUACAAUCAUUGGAGGUGUAGCUUAUUGGGGGAGUGGCUUUCAAUUAGUUAUUUUUGGMCACCCUUGAGUGGAAGUGUUGUACCAGUGGUCCAUGGUUAUGUUCAUUUGARUUUGAGCAUAUCUGAUGCUCGUUUUGAAGUCUUUAUAAAGACGUAUAUACAUAUGUAAGGARCAUGUGACAAUAAAGAGCUGUAAAUAAUAUUAUAGCGACAUUAACCCAACAUUGAGCCGCCUUGUCAAGAGGUAUGGACCUCUUGGCAUGAUGGGUAUGGUGCUGGUUUAACAGUCCCUGGACCCAGGUUCAAAUCCUGGUCAGGGCUACCCCCUGAAUUUAUUACCUUUGUGUCAGAAGGGGGAGGGUGAAAACUGUACAUGUGAGAGACCUGGUAUAGAAAAUAGGUAUAUUUAUUAUAAAGAAUUUGGUGGGUGCUUAUACUGUAUAUGUCUUAUACACAUGUGGUAAUUAGAAAUGAGAUGUUCUGCAUAUCACAAUUCCCCCAUCAUCAACAGCGACCCUGGAGCAAUUASGGUYAAGUGCCUUGCUCAAGGGCCUUGUYKGCUUGGGGAUUUGAACUAGCAACUUUUCCAUUACUGGCCCAACGCUCUAACCUCUAGGCUACAGUAACUGACACCACAAUUGUUUUCUGACAUCCCAGGUUUUGGCACUUAAAAUGAACAAAAAGCUUUGUCACUGAGGUUGUACCUUAAAAAGGAACAUUUGUACCUUUUUGGCUCUUUUAAUGUGCGGACUGCAAGGGUACUAUUAUGUUCCUAUAACAUAACUAAUGAGUAAUAAUAAUAACAGGAUACCACUAGAGUGACAAGCGUUUCCACCCCUUUAAGUACAAUACGGUACCUUUUUUUCUGAGAGUGCAGAGACAUGUUUUUUAAAUCAAUUAUCUUUUUGAUAUUGUUUURAUUCCUUGGUGUUUGUAAAUAUUGCCAUCGGUAGAACACAUAUUUGUCAAAAUGUUCACACAACAAUCCUUUAUGCAAUUUUAUACAGAUGAAAGAAGAUGUUUUCAUUUGCAUUUACAAGAAUAUGGCUUUUCAAUAAAUUGAAUCCUACCUACAGUACCUGUCUACCAAUGGUUUAGACUAUGAUUGAAGUGUCUUGUCAGUGAAUGUGAUUUAGUACGUAUAUUUCUGAUGAUGCCUCUUGGCCAGGGCACAACAGAGCAAUAGAUGAUUUGAAUGAAACUCACAUGAACCAGGUAUCCAUCCAGCCUUUUUACACGAGUAAAGUACAUGAUAGAUAAAAAAUGUCACGGCACGCCAAAUGGAAAUAGCUAAUUUGUUGGUAAACUUUCCAAAUGUCAAUAAAWCAAAAUACU